AUGCAUUUGUCGUUGCGAAAACGGAUAGAAAAGCCGGUGCGAAGAAAGUUGGUCAAGCGGCUGGACCCUUCAUUAUUCGGUGUGGAGGCAGCAGAAGACAAAAGGGAAGACUCGCGGGCAAGCACGAGAACGCGCCCCCAGCAGGAAUCUGCUUUUGAUAUAGAUGAGGUGGUAGCGCUAUAUAUUGAUAAUGAAAAGAAGCGGGGUGGACGGCCAGUGCUGUUUCGGCGAGAUCUGGGGACCCAAGGGGCCGUGAGUGGUCCAGCGGUGAUCCGCAGUGGGUUGCGGUUCACUCUGGAGACUGGUAUCGAGCGAGGGGUACAGGGUAGACGGCUAGCGUCGGCGUCUCGGUGGGACGAAGCCAUAUCGAGUUUCUCCCAAGCAGCGCGGUUAGACCCAGAUGAGGGACAUGUGUAUUUGGAGAUGCUUGCGCAGAUUUUCAUGGAGACGGAGCGAUACAUGCUUGCGAUCCAGGUCUCUACUCAAGCCGUGGAAGUGGAUCCCAAUUAUAUUUAUAGUCAUUGGACCCGAGCGCGCGCCUUAAAGGAAUUUGGAGAGCUCGAAUUAGCCCGGAAGGAAUAUAACCUAUUACAGGACUCGGAGUUGGCACGCAACUCACCUGAAGGAGAACAAAUAAAAGAAGAAGCGCGGGCUGUAGAUAAGCUUGUAUCCAGACUGGGUGCGAACCAGACAAACGCCGAUAAUAAACCAUACCAGCAAAGACCAACCGUGUUUAACAACCGAUGGUUCGGUGACAUCUUCUUUUACGAGUCCUGUGACCCGCACAGUGUUACACACGAAUUAACGCCAACAUGGCGCCAGGGGAAGGCCACCUGUUGUCCUGAUACCCAUGGAGUGUAG